ACCCUGGCACCACCUCCUAUCCUGCUCUUUCAUAGUGCCUAGGCUGGAAGAGAAGGGAGUCAGCCAGCUACCAGUCCUGAUAAGGCACAAGGGCUGCUGUCUCAGGAUGUCAGUCUUCCAGCUGGGUGACCACGUGUGGCUGAAUGCCCCCUUUGACAACAAAACCAAUGUUGCUAUUGGGGGCAUCAUCAAAGAAAUAAAGCCUGGCAAGAUCUUGGUCGAAGAUGACGAGGGCAAGGGACACUGGAUCCAAACAGAGGACCUUGGUACUCUCAGCCCCAUGCACCCAAACUUGGCUCAGGGUGUGGACGACAUGAUCCACCUGGGGGACCUGAAUGAGGCGGGCAUGGUGCAUAACCUCCUGAUCCGCUACCAGAAGCACAAGAUCUAUACAUACACAGGCUCCAUCCUGGUAGCAGUGAACCCAUUCCAGGUGCUGCCCCUCUAUACCCGGGAGCAGGUACAGCUGUACUACAACUGCCAAAUGGGCGAGCUGCCUCCGCAUGUCUUUGCCAUCGCAAACAAUUGCUACUUCAACAUGAAGAGGAACAAGAGGGACCAAUGUUGUAUUAUCAGUGGUGAGUCUGGGGCAGGAAAGACAGAGACCACCAAGCUCAUCCUUCAAUUCCUAGCCACAGUCAGUGGCCAGCAUUCAUGGAUUGAGCAACAGGUCCUGGAGGCCAACCCCAUCCUGGAAGCCUUUGGAAAUGCCAAGACAAUCAGAAAUGACAACUCAAGCCGCUUCGGGAAAUACAUCAACAUCUACUUCAACCCCAAUGGGGUAAUUGAAAGUGCAUGCAUCGAGCAAUUUCUCCUGGAAAAGUCCCGGGUCUGCCAUCAGGCCCCAGAAGAGCGGAACUAUCACAUCUUCUACUCCAUGCUCAUGGGGAUGAGCACAGAAGAGAAGGAGCUGCUGCACCUGGGGAUGCCCUCAGACUACCGCUACCUGACCUUGGGGAACUGCACUUCCUGUGAGGGGCUUAAUGAUGCCAAGGACUAUGCCCACGUGCGCUCAGCACUGAAGAUCCUCAUGUUCUCUGACUCUGAAAACUGGGACCUCAGCAAGCUUCUGGCAGCCAUUCUUCACCUGGGGAACGUGGAAUUUAUAGCUGCAGUCUUUGAAAACCUGGAUUCCUCUGAUGUGAUGGAGACACCUGCCUUUCCCAAUGUGGUGAAGUUACUGGAGGUUACGCACCAGGCACUCCGGAACUGUCUGAUCAAGCACUCCAUCAUCAUCUGUGGGGAAGCUGUCACCAGGCCUCUGAACAUCACCCAGGCUGCAGACAGGAGGGAUGCCUUUGUCAAGGCCAUCUAUGGACACCUCUUCCUGUGGAUUGUCAAGAAGAUCAAUGCUGUAAUUUUCACUCUGCCUGCCCAGGACCCUAAAAAUGUACAAAGGACCAUCGGCCUCCUAGACAUAUUUGGCUUUGAAAAUUUCCAGAACAAUAGCUUUGAGCAGCUCUGCAUCAACUUUGCCAAUGAGCACCUGCAGCAGUUCUUUGUGCAGCAUGUAUUCACAUUGGAACAGGAGGAGUACCACUCUGAGAAUAUCGCCUGGGACUUCAUCCACUACACCAACAACUGGCCCACCCUGGACCUGAUGGCCUUCAAGCCUAUGAAUAUCAUUUCCCUCCUGGACGAGGAAAGCCACUUUCCACAGGGGACAGAUAACACCAUGCUGCAAAAACUGAACAGUGUCCAUGCCAAAAACAAGGUCUUCUUACAGCCCAAGAACAUCCACGAUUCCAGAUUUGGCAUUGCCCACUUUGCUGGUGAGGUGUACUACCAGGUAGAAGGCUUCUUGGAGAAGAAUCGAGAUGUGCUGAGCGCAGAUAUCCUCACCCUGGUCCACUCCUCCCAAAACAAGUUCCUGAGGGAAAUCUUCAAGCUGGAAUCAGCAGCAAUCAAGCUGGGCCACGGAACCAUCCGGGGGAAGACAAGGAGCCAGUUCUUCAAGUCUACAGAUGCUGGCAGGCAGCCUGCCACCUUGGCAAGCCAGUUUAAGCAGUCCCUGGACCAGCUGAUGAAAAUCCUGACCAACUGUCAACCCUACUUCAUCCGCUGCAUCAAACCCAAUGAAUACAAGAAGCCGCUGCUCUUCGACCGCGAGCUGUGCCUGCGGCAGCUGCGCUACUCUGGCAUGUUGGAGACCGUGCGCAUCCGCCAGGCGGGCUUCCCUCUGCGCUACACCUUCCAGCAGUUCUCCCAGAGGUUCCGAGUCCUGCUGCCCAGUGCCUUGUGCCAACAGCUUCAGGAUAAGUUUCGACAGAUGACACUGUGCAUUGCUGAAAUGUGGUUGGGAGCAGACACAGACUGGAAAGUGGGAAAAACCAAAAUUUUCCUGAAGGAUAACCAGAGUACUCUGCUGGAGGUACAGAGGAGCCAGGCCCUGGAAAAAGCAGCAAUUAGCAUCCAAAGAGUCCUGCGGGGCUACAGAUACAGGAAAGAGUUUCUGAGGCAGCGCCGCGCAGCUGUGACUCUUCAGGCAGGGUGGAGAGGCUACUGCAACAAGAGGAACUUCAAGCUGAUCCUCUUGGGUUUUGAGCGCCUGCAGGCCAUCACCCGAAGCCACCUGCUGGUGAGGCAGUACGAGGCCUUUCGGAAGAGGACAAUCCAACUGCAGGCCCUUUGCAGGGGCUACCUGGUGCGCCUGGAAGUACAGGCCAAAAGGAGGGCAGUAUUGGUCAUCCAGGCAUAUGCCAGGGGCAUGGCUGCCCGACAGAAUUUUUGGCGGCAGAAAGCCAAUGGGCUGCUGGUCAUCCCAGGUGAAGAGACAAAGAGCCUGAGUUCUCCACCCACCAGGAAGCGCAAGUCAAUCUACAACACUGUUACAGACACAGAGAUGGUGGAGCAAGUGUUUGGCUUCCUCCCAUCCAUGAUCGCGGGGCAGGAGGGCCAGGCCUCACCUCACUCUGAGAAUGUGGAAACAAAGACCCAGAAACUGCCCGAGGUUGACCUGGACACAGUUCCCAUGGUGGAGGACCCUGAGGAGGACAUGGACAGCCUUGCUGAGUACAGCUUCCCCAAAUUUGCUGCAACCUACUUCCAGAAAUCAGCCAGCCACACUCAUAUCCGGAAGCACCUUCAAUAUCCACUGCUCUACCAUGAGGAUAAUGCUGACUGCUCGGGUGCCCUGGCCGUGUGGCCCAUCAUCCUGAGAUUCAUGGGUGACCUUCCAGAGCCAGUGCUCUUUGCCAGAAACCACCUGAGUGACAACUCAGUGAUGCAGCAGACCCAUAACAUCAUGGCCAAGGACAGCAACACCCAGUCUCCACAGCACAAAUAUGCACAGAGGCCCAGCCUCAGAAACAGAGGGACCAAAGACAUCUCCUUCAUGAAACUGAAACGCUCCUCCCAGGUCACAGGCCAGGUUGCCAACCAACUGAAUUUUGGAGAAAAGGCAUUCGAGUCUGAUGGCUCUAUCUCAGACCGACCCAUGUCCAACCUAGAGAAGGUGCACUUCAUUGUGAGUUAUGCCAUCCUGAAGCCCAGCCUCAGGGAUGAGAUUUACUGCCAGAUCUGCAAGCAACUGUCGGAAAACUUCAAAAUGACCAGUGUGGCCCGGGGCUGGAUCCUGCUCAGCCUAUGUUUAGGCUGCUUCCCACCCUCUGAGAGGUUCAUGAAGUAUCUGCUGAACUUCAUUGGUGAAGGGCCAGCCAAUUAUGGACCCUUCUGUGCUGAGCGCCUGAGACGUACCUAUGCCAAUGGGGUUCGCAUGGAGCCCCCCACCUGGAUGGAGCUGCAGGCUGUCAAGUCCAAGAAACGCAUCCCAAUCCAGGUCAUCUUGGUGACUGGAGAGAACCUAACUGUCAUGGUGGACUCAGCCUCGACGUCUCGGGAAGUCUGUCUGCACAUCGCCCGCAAGCAAGGCCUCGUUGAUCACUUGGGCUUUUCCCUCCAGGUUGCUGUGUAUGACAAGUUCUGGUCCCUGGGCAGUGGGCGUGACCAUGUGAUGGAUGCCAUUGGCCAGUGUGAGCAGCUGGCCCGGGAGAGGGGUGAGAGUGAGCGCCAUUCGCCCUGGCGCCUCUACUUCCGGAAGGAGUUCUUUACCCCGUGGCAUGAUUCCCGAGAGGAUGCUGUCAGCACUGAGCUCAUUUACCGCCAAGUUCUGCAUGGAGUAUGGUCCGGCGAGUACAGCUUUGAGAAGGAGGAAGGGCUCGUGGAGCUGCUGGCCCAGCACUGCUACGUGCAGCUCGGUGCCUCAUUUGGGAGAGAGGCAAUCCAGGAGCUUCUGCCCAGCUGCAUCCCCUCCAAACUGUAUAGGACCAAGCCCCUGGAGCAGUGGACUAGCCUCGUCACUGCUGCCCAUGCCAAGGCCCCAUACACCCAGAAGCAGGCUACGCCACGGGAUGUGCAGGAGCAAGUGGUGGAUGCUGCCCGCCUGCAGUGGCCACUACUCUUCUCCAGACUCUUCGAAGUUACCACCUUCUCUGGACCCCAACUGCCCAAAACUCAGUUGAUCUUGGCUGUUAACUGGAAGGGGCUGUAUUUCCUGGACCAGAAGGAGAAGAUACUCCUAGAACUCUCUUUCCCAGAGGUCAUGAGUCUGAUCACCAACAGGGAGGCCCAGGGUGGGCAGAGGCUGUUGCUGUCCACACUACAUGAAGAGGAGUAUGAGUUUAUGUCCCCCAGCAGUGUCGCCAUUGCCGAGCUGGUAGCCAUGUUUCUGGAGGGCUUGAAGGAGAGAUCCGUGUUUGCUAUGGCCCUGCAGGACCAGAAGGCCACAGAUGACGCCACCCUCCUGCCCUUUAAAAAGGGGGACUUGCUGAUCCUGACCAAGAAGCAGGGAUUGUUGGCCUCUGAGAACUGGAUCUUGGGCCAGAACCACAGGACAGGCAAGACGGGGCUGAUGCUUACCACCCGCCUUUAUACCAUCCCUACAGUCACCAAGCCCUCUGCACAGCUGCUGAGCUUGCUGGCCAUGUCACCAGAGAAGCGGAAGCUGGCAGCUCAGGAGGGGCAACCAGCAGAACCACUGCCUGAGGAGCAGGCCAAGGAGAAGCUGCACACCCUGGAGACAUUCUCCUAUGAGUAUUUUAGAGCCCUGGAGAAGGAGACAGUCAGCAGAGCCAUGUACCCGCUGACCAGGUCCCGGGGCCACCUGUGGGCUCACUCCCCUGAGCCACUGCGGCAGCCUCUGCUCAAGCGUGUCUAUGCCAACACCGAACUGUGGGAUGUCACUUGUCAGAUCUUCAUUGCCAUUCUCAGGUACAUGGGUGAUUACCCCUCUCGGCAGGCCUGGACCUCCAUGGAGCUCACGGACCAGAUCUUCUCGUGGGCCCUGCAGGACACAGUUCUACAGGAUGAAGUCUACUGCCAGAUCCUGAAGCAGCUGACACACAAUACCAAGAGGUAUAGCGAAGAGCGGGGCUGGCAACUGCUGUGGCUCUGCACUGGUCUCUUCCCGCCUGGCAAGGCGCUAAUGCCCCAUGUCCAGAAAUUCAUAGACACAAGGAGGAAGAAUCUGCUGGCCCCCGACUGCAGCCGCCGUAUCCAGAGGGUGCUGAGGGCGGGGCCCCGGAAGAAGCCCCCUCACCAAGUGGAGGUGGAGGCCAUAGAGCAGAACAUCUCCCGCAUCUGCCACAAGAUCUACUUCCCCAAUGACACCAGCCAGAUGCUGGAAGUGGAUGCCCAGACCCGGGUGCGGGACAUGUGUGAAAGCAUCUCCACCAGACUGCAGCUGGCCUCCUGGGAAGGCUGUAGCCUCUUUAUCAAGAUUGCAGACAAGGUCAUCAGCCAAAAGGAGGGAGACUUCUUCUUUGACUCCUUGUGGCAACUGUCUGACUGGGUGAAGAAGAGCAAGCCUCAGAAAGAAGGGGCCCCUGUGACGCUCCCCUACCAGGUGUACUUCAUGCGAAAAUUGUGGCUCAAUGUGGCCCCAGGGAAGGACAUGCGUGCUGACACCAUACUCCAUUACCACCAGGAGCUGCCCAAGUACCUGCGUGGGUUCCACAAGUGUUCCCAGGAGGAUGCCAUCCAGCUGGCAGGCCUCAUCUACAAGGCCCAGUUUGACAACGACAAGUCCCAGCUAGCUAACAUCCCCAAGAUCCUGAGGGAACUUGUGCCGGAGAAUCUUAUACGCCUGAUGUCCUUGGAGGAAUGGAAAAAGAGCAUCCUUCUGGCCUAUGACAAGCAUAGGGACAAGGCAGUGGAAGAGGCCAAAGUGGCCUUCUUAAAGCGGAUAUGCCGGUGGCCCACCUUUGGGUCGGCCUUCUUCGAGGUGAAGCAAACCUCGGAGCCCUCCUACCCAGACAUCAUCCUCAUUGCCAUCAACCGGCAUGGAGUUCUGCUCAUCCACCCCAAGACCAAGGAGCUGCUCACCACCCACCCAUUCACCAAGAUCUCCAGCUGGAGCAGCGGCAGCACCUACUUCCACAUGGUGCUGGGAAGCCUGGGCCGGGGCAGCCGCCUGCUGUGUGAGACCUCUCUGGGCUACAAGAUGGAUGACCUGCUGACCUCGUAUGUGCAACAGCUCCUGAGCACUGUGAACAAGCAGCGAGCUACCCAGGACCCAGCCCUGGCUGACCCUUAGCAGUGGUGGUACACUUGCCCAUGCAAUCAACCCUCCCAAUUUGGGGUCCUUUUGGUUUCUGCUGGUAGCCUUUCAUGCCGCCCCCUCUCCAGAAUACUCCAUAACCCUCAUGGCUCCAGGCAGGACUCCUCCCCUACAUGGGGCAGAGAUGGCAGGCCUACUGGUCCAGUUGGUAGAUUGCUGAGACAACCACCCAAGAAUGUUCAAUAAAAAUUCUGGGAACAGGAGGAAUGUGUCAGUGAAAAGAAAGGAUAAGGGUGCAGGUGAGCAGGAGGCCUGGGAGGCACUGGCCAACAAACGGUUUCUUCCAGGAAAAGCACUGUGACUUCUCCAGAGACACACAAAUGACAACUUUGCUCCCAGAGAAUGACUUCGUUGGUUUCUCCCUCCUUUUUCUCCUCCCUUCCUCCCUCCUUUCUUCCCAUUUCUUGGACUAGGUUGAAAAGACCCUCACUGCACACCUUUCUCCUUCCCCUGCAUGGCAAUAAAAUGGGACACAGCAUUGCUGCCAGCCAGGUAGAGAGGCAGAGGCUCCUGGCUUCAUGCAGGAGACAGAUCUGGAUGCACAGGCUUAAAGGACUGGAUGAACCUCCUGUGCUGACGGCCUUGUCAGAGCCUGUCCCCCAGCACACUCCACCUACUUGGUCAUCCUUCAACCAGCCAGCCUGGACUGCAGGUUUCUGGCUGGCCUUUUUCUUCAAGCCCUGAUGGAAGCCUGGCCCUGGAAACAGGGAUUGGAUCCCACCUGCCCCGUCUGGUGUCUGUUGAAGUUCAAGGGGGCCACUGCCCCACCUCCUGACCCCAUCACCACAGACAACGCAAACAAAAUGGUUGUGUACACAAGCCUUUAUUUAAUGUGUAAGUGUGAGUCACACCAAGUCCUGUGCUGGCCAUGGCGGAAGUGUCCUCCCUGGAGGGUAGGAAUAAGCCACCCGCCUGGCUUCUGAACUCCAGCUUUACCCAGAGGUUUAAUGUGUGCCUGAUUUGUGGGGAUGAAGGAACUGCAGUGACCACAGAGGAGCUUGGAAAAGCCACAGUGACCCAAACCUGGGAUGGAGUAGCCAAGGCCAGAUUUUAGGAAGGGAGCCUCCUGAGUGAGGGAGGAGUAGGGUCCUUGUCCAUCCUGUUGAUUCAUGUGAUGAGUUGGCAGGGCUUGCUGGCCCAGUUCAGGCACAAGAAUCCUACUUGGUUGAGUGGAUGGCUGAAGGAUGGAAGGGUGGUUCACCAGAGUUCCUCUUCUCUGUGGCCUUGGUCCUGGGGCUAGAGCAGCUACCUGCUGUAUGGGACCACAUAGGUACACAGUGGGGCCAGUCUGGGCAGAGGCUGGCCAAGUGCCCACAAAAGAGUGUAAGCUGUCAGGCCCCCUGUAGGAAUGGAACAAGUCUGCUAGGUUGGGCUAAGAGAAGUGGCCCCCAUCCAGGGCUAGGUGACUCCAGGUCCCAAUUUGCUUGUGUCCCUUGAGGAUGUCAGGCUAAAGCUUGUAGACACAGGCCUUUCAUAAGCUCAACACAUCCAGGCCCCCACCUCUAUCCUGUGCCUGCAAAGAAGGAGGGAGAGGAGCCCAUAACAAGGGAGAGAAGAGUCCCAGGGAGAGGGCAAGAAAAGGGAGCAAAGGAAAGAGGAGGGAAUGUUGACUAGAGAGAAGGGAAGAUCCAUGAAGGGAGAUAAGAUGAGCAAUGGAGGUGGUAAACAGAAGGGCUCAGCAGGAGCAGGAAACCCAGCAAGAAGGGGAGAAGUGAGGGCAAGUGGAGGCUCCUCAGGUAAAGGGGAGGCCCACAGACUUGGGGUAGGCCUUGAGGGCAGCCAGCUCUGCCAGCUUCUUCAGCCACUGUCCAGUGGGAAGUUCUUGUAGUGUCUUUUAUGCACGGGCUUCAUGUCAAACUCUAUAAACUUAUUCCUGGGGAGGAAGUGCAGCAGUCAAGAGAGCCCCAUUGCCCUAUCGGCUCUGAGCCAGGUCUUCCUCAGCCCACAGAGCCAAAGCCUGAGAAGCUGCUUUCCCUCUUCCCCUAGCCCACAGCCUCCCCACCAGCCUGCCACAGCCAGUAGGCCAGACCCCAUGGUGAGCUUCUCACCAAAGGUCCCGGUGGACAGGGAGAUGGGCCUCCAGGCCUCCCUUCCCUCCUAAAGGUUUCUCUCAGAUUCUGACACUUCAGAACCCACCAUGUUCCCAGUUUUCCUCA